AUGGCAAAGCUUCUAUUAGUUUAUGUCAUAUCAGUAAUUCUUGCUCUUGCAUACUCAUGUUCAGCCACUAAUUAUCUGGUGGGUGAUAAUUCUGGCUGGGAUAUUAGUACUGAUCUUGAUACAUGGUUAUCAGGCAAACGAUUCAUCGUCGGUGAUGUUCUUCUGUUCCAAUUCUCAAAUUACCAUAGUGUGUAUGAGGUAACUAAGGAGAAUUUCGAUAGGUGCAACACAACAAAUGCACUAAAAUCAAGCAGUAAAGGCAAUACAACAUUUCCAUUAACAAAGCCAGGGGACAGUUAUUUUAUUUGUGGGAACAGAUUACAUUGCCUAGGGGGAAUGAAACUUGAUGUAAAUGUAGAAGAUAAUGGAGUAGCUUCUCCAGCUGCAGCACCAGCACCAGCACCCCAGGCCAGGGUCUCUUUUCCUACACCUUCAGCUUCCAAGAGAAAUAAUAACCCUUCAGCUAUUGUUCCUAGUUCUAUUACUAAUGUGUCUAACCAUGUUGGUUUAAGUUCUCUACUUUUAGUAAACCUUGGAAUCUUGUCCUUGCUAUUUUGGUUCAUGUAAAUAUGAGGAUUUUCACAGUUUAAGAGGGUGUGUUUUGGUUUGUUUACUCUGAGUCUGAGAAGUUGGAGUUGAUCUCAUCAUUUGUUAA